CCUGCUGUUGCCCGUAGGGUCCCGGCCCGGCAUGGGGGAGGUGAGCGACACCGACAGCGGGAUCAUGCUGCACUCGGGCCCCGACAGCCCCGUGUCGCCCCUGAAGGAGCGGGCGCAGGCAGGGCGCAGGCAGCAGGCGCUGGAGGCUCGGCUGGAGGGCUGCGUGCAGGAGCUGCGGCGGCUCUGCCUGCGCGAGGCGGAGCUGACGGGGACGCUGCCCUGUGAGUACCCUCUGAAAGCUGGCGAGAAGCCCCCCAAGGUCCGGCGCAGGAUCGGUGCUGCCUUCAAGCUGGAUGAGACCCUCGUUCUGCAUGGGGCGGACCCGCUGAGCGCCCUGGAGCGGGACCUGGCGCUGCAGCUGCAGAUCGCCAAGGCUGCCCGCCGCCUCUGCCGGGAGGAGAACAUCAGCAAGCGGCUCCGCAAGCGCCGGCAGACAGCAGCGCUGCUGGAGGAGCAGAAGCUGAAGGACCUGGAGAACAUCCUCAACCAGCGACGGCUCCUGGCUGGCCAACGGCCUUUGCCUGCUGGUGCUGGAACCAGUGCUGCUGAGGAGCUCAGCGCCUCCGACGAGAGCUCCCUGUCGGAUGCCGUCCUGCUGGAGGAGGAGGAGACACGGCUACCAGGACCUGCCACCCCACGGGGGUCCCCGUCCCCCGAGGAGCCCCCCGAGGGGGAGGGUUCAGGGCCCCCGCCGGCCUCCUCCAGCCCCUGGUGCGAGACCAGCCUCGACAGACCCUAUGAGAAGGCCAAAAAACCUGGCUUCGACCCCAGGGAUGGGGAAACCCGGGGGUCCCGGUGCUACCCCGGGUCCCCACCAGCCAUCCCUGCUACCCCCUCGGCCCCCGGCAGCCCUGACCCCACAGCCUCACUGGCACCCAGGACGGGGGACGUCCCCCCCUACCGCUUUGUCCCCAUCAGGACCCUGGUGCUGUGCCGGCAGGCGGGCUCCAGCGCUCCCAGCACCCCGGAGCCAUCGGGCCGGCGAGGACAGUCCCAGUCCCUGAGGGUAGAGGCGUGCUGGCAGCCCGGCGAGCCGCGGGGCCGCAGUGCCGUACCCCGCCGGCGCCCCACGUACUACACAGUGACGGUGCCCACCGCCUGCAUCCCGACCCCCGGCCCCGCCUGCCGCUCCGGCUCCGACGACAGCAUCUCCGACCUCUCCAGCAUCUCCCACGCCACCUCCCCGGGCAGCAGCAGCCCCGACGUCUCCUUCCCGCGCCCCAAAGUCCCACCACCCCUCGCCGAGCCGGGUUACUACCCCCGCGGUGCCCACCGGUUCCUGCCACCUGCCAGCCCCCCAGCUUUCCUCUACGAGCAGGAUCUGGCCCCGUUACGCUACCAGCGCCUGGUGCCCUCGCACAGCCGCAUCGUGCGCACCCCCUCGCUCAAGGACUACGCGCCGGCCGGGGGUCGGGGGCUCUCCAAGGCGGCUGUGACCGAGGAGCUCAAAUCAUGGCACCAGCGUGCCCGGCUGCGGGGUGCCCGUCCCCACUCCCUCGACCGGCAAGGGGCCUUUCGGGGACCCCGCGGUGGGACCACCAGGGACGUGCCCAUCACCCGUGGAGUCCUGCCGCGGACUCAGGCGCCCCCGGUACGUGUCCUGCGGCGCUCGGCGGACGGCGUGCCCGUGCAGGUCUACGUGCCUGAGAAUGGCGAGAUCGUCACACAAGUGUGAGCGUGGGGACCCCCACCCUGGGGGGGGCACAGCCUGGCUGGGCCAGGGCCAGGGCCGUCCCACAACCCUCCUCCCCCCCCAUCCCCCCCGUAUGAAGACACGGGUGGGAGGCACAGCCGCCCCCCAGCGCUCCUGGGGUGUGCGGCGCUGGGACAGGGUGGCUGGGGCUGGCCCCCACCCCCGUGUCCCCUCGCUGGCACUGUGACCCCGAUGCUGAUGGUGCCACCGCGAUGGGGGGCGUUGGUCUCUAAUAAAGGUGGUCGUUGAGGUGCUCCUGCCCUCGCCAGCCUC